AUGUAAACAAACUGAACAGGCGCAGAAUACUGAUGUUAAAAUCCAAUUUAAUUUAAAUUAUAAUUUUUUUUUAUUGUAUCUCACGAUGGAAAUUGAAAUCAAGAGUGAACCGCUUACAGAAAUGAGCUAUGGCGAAUUGACAGCAACGCUUGAAGACCACAAUUCAAGCGUUUGUGAAGAAUUUUCCUACGUAGAUACUGGCAGCAAUAUUUCCAACAAACGGCGCCUGAACGAAACGGAUCCAAAAGAAAAUGGGGUCUUCAAUUCCUGUGAUGAGUUACUACUUCUACUGAAACAGUGGGAGUUGGAGAUUUUGUGGGACAGGUUUUCGAAGAAUCUUAUUGAUGUGAAUCUCUUGGAUUGCAUGGUAGAUAUGGACAUCGUUGACUUGUGUGAAGGUCUUCCCCUGCGGUACAGAAUUAUUCUCAGACAGAAGAUUCGACAAAAGCGCUGCAGGAAUGAUGAUCUAUCUAAAUCUGCCCAUAAGCGUAGGAGAAAGAGAGCAGUAUCAAUAGCGAAAAAUGGAAACAUUUUCCAUGGUCAAUCAAAUGCGCCUGCCUCUAGUUCGCUUUCAAUUACUGGAUUUACUAAUUUGAAGGCUCCGGUUAAUUGCUCAACAUUACUAAAUGCAGAUAUGGAUCUUUUAAGCAACUCUCCAGAAUCGCAGAAAACAGGAAAAACUCGCGCUCCAUCGCAAGAUGACAGAUGUAAACAGGCAAUUGAUGAAUCAUCAACAUGUGGAUUGGUGGAGGAUUUGAAACCGCAAUCUCAGAUUGCUCUAGCAAGUUACAUUGACAGCGAUACAUCUUCAGAAACCGAUGGAGUGAAUAAUGAAUCUGCGAACAAUAGUUGUGAUUCAAUUUUGGUGCAUGACACAAAUCAACGAAAAACGGGUGAAACUAGCAUAAUUCACGCAACAAAUAUCAGUAGAAUUCAAAAGUCUCGUUCUAACCAGUGCGACCAGAUAUUGAAAAUGGAAAAGAAAGUCAAAAGGAUGGAAUCUGAAAACCAAAUGCUUUGGGAACGGAACAUGUCCCUUCAUAAUGUACUCAGCAUUUCCCAACCAACGCGGGCUGCUUCAUUCAAGUCCUACCUAAAUUAUCCGAACGGCGAUCAAGUGUUGGAGAUGCAUCGGAUAGCAGCAAAUAAAGACUCCAUAUUCGCCAGACUACUUCUUGAAGUCCUCUAUCCUGCGGGAUUCAAAGAGAUGAGUAUAAGUGGAAAACCGUCGAGAAAUCCUAGUGGGGCAAAAAAGAAUGCAGUAGAAAAGGAGACAUUAAUCGUGGUACCAAAAAACGAGAUGCCCACGAGUGACAGAGAAUGGAUCUAUGAAAUGUUCUAUGAUCGUUUCAUAAUGCUGGGUAUGUCCGAAUCAGAUGCACGAGCAGGCUCAAAUCAAUAUCGUGUUAAUAGCCUUUUACGAGCAGCAUUUAAAAAUGAAAGAAGACGCAAAUCGCGAACAACUGAGCAAGUACCAACCGAUCAUUUAUCGCGUUCUUACGAUGGUGUGUAGAUUUUAGCUCGAGCAUAAAUUUUUUCUUUUAAAAUCCGCCUACAGAGACCACAACUGGUAGGUUCCUGCGAAGUAAUAAAGCUAAUUUUUGUUCGAAAAAGUGAUCCAUUAUGAAUUGAGGUAAGGUUGAAUAGGACGCAUUUCUCAAUUUGGUACUGAUGCAAUAAUACUUCAGUAAAUUUAAGAUGCCUUGUGAUACAUAAAUUUAAAACAAAUAAACCAGUAUGUUUGCAAACACAAAGAUGAA